UACUAGUGUAACAGGUCCAUAAAGGUGAUACGAGCUUAUUCAGUAUUUCAGUAAGGCUCUGGUAGCCGCGAAGUACGGCCGCAGGCAUCCGAACUUUGCCUCCCAAUUGAUAAAAAAAAAUUGUACAACGCAGCUGCUGAGAUAAGCGAGAUGUCGCCGUGCAGAAUGGCGACGUGCGUGUCAGCUCUUCUGGCUCUGAGCUGUGUCCGCGGCGCCCUGUCCCUGGACAUCAACCGGCUCUACGGACAUCACACCAAACGAUCUGAGUACUGCCACCCGUACGAGCCGUUCAAGUGCCCCGUGGAUGGUAACUGCAUCUCCAUCCAGUACUUGUGUGACGGAGCUCCGGACUGCAUCGACGGAUACGACGAGGACUCCAAGCUGUGCACAGCAGCUAAACGUCCCCCCGUGGAGGAAACUGCAUCGUUCCUUCAAUCGCUGCUCGCGUCCCACGGCCCCAAUUAUCUGGAGAAGCUGUUCGGUAACAAGGCAAGGGAUGCUCUUGAACCGCUUGGUGGAGUCGAGAAAGUUGCCAUAGCUUUAUCUGAAUCUCAAACCAUCGAAGACUUCGGAGCGGCCUUGCACCUGAUGAGGUCCGACCUGGAGCACCUGCGCUCCGUCUUCAUGGCAGUCGAGAACGGUGACCUUGGCAUGCUCAAAUCUCUUGGCAUCAAGGACAGCGAACUUGGAGAUGUCAAAUUCUUUCUCGAGAAGCUGGUGAACACCGGUUUCCUCGAUUGAAUAGCGCCGGAGUCAGCCUCUGAUUACUACCACGUCUCACAGUUCGGUCCAAUCAGCUCUUCUUUCUACAGCUACCUUCCGUACAACUCCUUAAAGUUUAAGAGGAACUGAUAGUAUCAUGUUCCACUAGAUGAAACGCAAUCAUUCACACCGGUCAUGUCUUAUUAAACCGGCCACAGACACCCGAUUUGAAUGUUUGCCAGAAUUCAGAAUAGUUUCUAUGAGUCUCGCGCUAAUAUUCCAAAUGUUUCUGGAAACUAAAGACAACACUUUCAUCCAUACAUAAAGUUGUGUAUCUUUUGAUCUUAGCUUGUCGCCCUUGUUCUAAUACUAACCUUUAACUCUUCUCAAACGUCAGAGGCGACUCCAAAUAAAUUUGUGUCCAAUCAAAGCGAGAUAUAAAGCUAUAAGAAUUGUUUAGGAUUUAAAUAGAUGAAAAUCUUACAAGAAUAGAAUGCAUUCGCUUUAUAUCUGGCUAGGAAAAUCAAAGUAGGACCAUAUUAAACCUUAGUUUUAGCGUAGAUUUAGGUUAGUUUCGCAAAUAUCCCUUCGGUGAAUAUUGAUAUUGCAAAAAUCUUAAAGAUAUUGUAGUUUAUACAUUUUAUUUUACUAAUUGUAUAAGUCCUGAUGAAACAUAAAAUCGUUACAUAUCAUUGCGGUGCUCGGCAACCGAUACAUAUCAAAAUUAUAUGAUUAAGUAGAGUAGAUACAAUUAUUGUUAGAUUUAUUAAAUUUUAAAUUGUUCUUAAUAUCUAUCGUCAUUAUUUUGUCAAAUGCAGGCGAGGACAACGAAUAGUUAAGUGGUAUCCAGCUAGGUAAGUUCGGAACAAUUAAUUUGUUAAUAUUAAAUUGUAACAUUUGUCUUGGUAAAGAGGCUGGCAACAUUUACCAAGGAUUACAAUUAACAAUCAUUUGUAUUUUAUUAAGAUGAAGGGUUAAUGUAUGCGGGCCUGUAUUUGCCAAAAGUUUUCGUCUAACCUUUUCACUAACCCUCCAUUUCUUUAGAGAAUCUAUCAUCUAUAUUUAUAAAAGUUUUAACUUGCGUCAAACAUAUCAUAGAAUAUAAGUGUAUUACUCUUAUAGAUAUACUCGUAUUGCUUAUCUAUUAAUAAAAUAAUUACCUAAAUAUCUUGAA